GGAUGGAUUGGGACAGGCACUCCAAACUUGACUGGCUGUGAUACUGAUGCAUAUAUUAUUUUCCUUCCAUUGUCUCGCCUCCAGUCCAUUGUUCGCAACGCAUGCAGGGGACAGCUUUUCUCUCCUCUUCUUUCUAGGUAUUUUCCCUCUCGCUGAGUAACAAUGGUGGAAUCGGCGGAGCUGGGCGACCCUCGGGAGGAGCAGCAACUCCUCCUACUUGAGGCCAACAACAGCGACGAGUCGUGGCGGUUGAAGUUCGACGGCUUUCAGGCGUCUGAGCGCAAGGAGAAGCCUCCUCGUGGGCUCCAUCACUGCCUUGGCAUGUUAGGAGAAGAAGACUGUGUGGCUGAAUACUACCAACAGCAGAUGGAAAUGCUUGAGGGCUUUAAUGAAAUGGAUGCUUUAGCAGAUCGUGGAUUUGUCCCUGGAAUGUCAAAGGAAGAGAGGGAAAAUUUGGCCAGAAGUGAGACACUUGCCAUUAGAUUGUCGAAUCUUGCAAACAUGAUUCUUUUCGCUGCUAAAGUUUAUGCAUCCGUCAGGAGUGGUUCCCUAGCUAUUAUUGCUUCCACAUUAGACUCCCUUCUUGACCUGCUGUCAGGCUUUAUCCUGUGGUUUACAGCAUUCUCCAUGCAGACACCAAACCCAUAUCAAUAUCCUAUUGGAAAGAAGCGAAUGCAGCCGUUGGGAAUCCUUGUUUUUGCUUCUGUCAUGGCAACUCUGGGACUGCAGAUCAUCUUGGAGUCAGUGCGCACCCUAACAUCUGAUGAGAAUGAGUUCAGCUUGACCGAGGAGCAAGAACAAUGGGUUGUGGGGAUUAUGCUGUCUGUGACGAUUGUAAAACUCCUACUGGUUGUGUAUUGCCGUUCUUUCACCAAUGAGAUUGUCAAAGCUUAUGCGCAGGAUCACUUUUUUGAUGUCAUCACCAAUAUCAUUGGCCUUAUUGCGGCGCUACUGGCUAACUACUUUAGUGAUUGGAUAGACCCUGUUGGAGCUAUCAUUCUUGCCUUGUACACCAUUCGCACAUGGUCAUUAACAGUGUUGGAGAAUGUGAACUCCCUGGUGGGAAGAUCAGCUGCUCCAGAAUAUCUGCAGAAGCUCACAUACCUCUGCUGGAACCACCACAAGGCCAUUAGACACAUUGACACAGUACGCGCCUACACAUUCGGGUCGCACUAUUUCGUGGAGGUUGACAUUGUGCUGCCAGCCGACAUGGCCUUGCAAGAGGCCCAUGAUAUCGGAGAGGCUUUGCAGGAAAAGUUGGAGCUCCUCCCAGAGAUUGAGCGCGCUUUUGUUCAUCUCGAUUAUGAGUACUCUCAUAAACCUGAGCAUGCACAGGCGCAUCUUUAAAGAUAACCAACAAGGAGGAGGCACACAGGCUAAUACGAAUUUUAAUUACAAAUGCCGUCCUUUUUGCUUGUGUUUGUAAUAAACUGUUUGUGGCUUUGGUGGUUCCGAGACCCAGAUGAUGUAAAAUCUAACAAUACAAGUCUUAUUACUUCUUACUCCUGGGAUGGGUUGGGAUGGAUUCAUGUAAACAUGUAAGACCGUAGCAUUCAGCAUGGAUUUAGAAUAUGCAUAGAGGCUUCGGUCGUGUUGCAUGGGUGGAGAUAAUUCUGUUUUUGCAAGUUCUUUGCAAUUGUUUCACAUACAUACCGGAGAAUUUUGGAAUUUAAACUUCUCAAAAUCUUAGGUUGCGUU